AUGCAGUUCAUCGCUGUGAUUGGCGAGUUUGGUGAAACAGGAAAGUCGGAUAGCAUUGCAGGCUGUAGCGCAGAAGAAGCUUGUGGAGGGAAGUCUGAUUGCACCAUAGACUAGCUGGAGAAGUUUGCUGAGGGAAGUCCGAUUGUAUUACAGGCUGCAGAGCUGGUGAAGCUUGUGGAGGAAAGCCUGACUGUACCACGGAUUGCACUGCAGGCGAAACUUGCGGUAGCAUUCCUGGCUGCGCAAAAAGUGCUUCUUGUGCCUGAGGCAUGGAUUGUACCGGCAUCACUGAGUACUGUGAUUGAGUUACUGGUAGAGGUUGCGGACUUGUCACCGGUUGGAGUGGUGGUUUGGAUUGCGUUACAGACGGUAGUGCCUGUAACUGAGCAGACGAUGGAGUAUACGUAG